AACCAGUUCCCGCCCGCAGCUCACGCCUCUCUGUUUCGGCUCAUCCUGACGUGGCGAGCCGCUAGAGGACCGCCGGUCCCUUCGUGGUCUGCUGCGAUUGGACAAACUACCUGUUUGGCGAUAUUGACGAUAAAUGUAAAUACACGCAGGUGGCAACAACGGCAUGGGCGAGAGCUUAUGUAAAUAAAGGAGAAGUGAAAGCCUGUCACUGUUUCAAGGCGCAAACAGCCUCUCUCCGACGCAAUGUGUGGCAGAUAGGCUAGUUGGAGAAAAGACUGGAUUUGUAUUCAAGACAUGGCUUACACGUCAACUUUGGACUGAUUUGGGGUCCAAUAGCCUACGUGCCACAUCCACCUGACUCCCGUUUCCGUGUCCAGGCGGUGACACCCAGCUGCGCAGCCAUGCCUCAGCUCACGCGCCCCGCGGUGCUGCAGCUCGUGCUGCUGCUCUCCGCUGUGCCCGCGCAGUACCUCAUCUCGCGCUGGAGCGGCACCACGGUGACGCAGCGCUACCACGCGAGCGCACGGUUGCUUAGAAUUUGGAAAGAUUUGAGAACAUCUUACCUCAAUGGCACGGCAUGGAUGGACUGGGCAGACCAGCAGAUGUCCAGAGCCAAGUCUUUAGUCGGAUUGGAAGAGGAAGAGUUAAAAGACUCGCGCCCCAUAGAGACCAUGCUUUUAGACAAUGACCUGGAAUUCUUUGGAGCCUCCAAGAAAGUGCGCAGCCCUCGUCCUCCGUAUGUGUUCCUGCGUGUUGGAGACGUGGUGAUGGAGAGUAAGGGCCACAUGGUGGGGGUGGUGGUGAGCUGGGACUCUGAGCUGCGAGCCCCUCAAGAAUGGGUGGACAAAGUGUAUUCAAACUCUGAGGUCCCCAAAGCAGAGAAUACGCCUCAUUAUAAAGUGCUGUUCAGCGGGCCUGGAUCCUCCUCUCUGUUGGUAGCAUACUUGCCUCAAACACAGCUGAUGCGCUUCACUGGGACACGGCCGGAGAUUCCCACCUUGGAAAACUACUUCACACAUUUUGACGGGGAGCGGUUCGUCAUGCAGCCCUGGCUCAGCGAGAUGUUUCCAGAGGACGAGAAGGAGGACAAAUGACUGCUCAACUGCAUGUGGGAUCAAAGAGGUGACAAUGUUAGCAAUGCUAAAAACAACAGAGGAUUGGUGGCUAUCGCUUCCUAGCCACGGUUUAAUGCUAGCUACACUUCCUCUGUUUGUACCGGUUUGUACCAAGGUGUUUCGGAAACCUCUAUCAGUUUUCAAGUUCUUUUUUUUCUCCAAGAUAUCUACUUGAGUCAGUCAAUCAUUGCUGAAGUAAGUGCAACAUUUGAGCAAAAUGAGGAUCAUUUUAGAAUCCCUCCUUGCCUGAUCUUGAUGUGAGGGUGUCUUUUGAAAUGUAAUUUACCUUUUUAUUUCUUUGAGAUGUACAAAUACAAAGUGUUUUAAUUUGAUGUGCAACUGAUUUUAAAUUACAGCAAACGCUUAAAAAAAAAAAAAUCUGUUUACAAGACAGUGUUGGCUGAGGAAGGAAAAACAACCUUGAAAAACUGCACUUUAGCAAUAAAAAAUACUUUAAACUGU